CGGUAACCGCCUUCCGCUCUGUGGCUCCCAGCAGAUAGCGGGCCCUCGGGCGCAGGGGAAGCCGGCUUCGUGCCGCGGUGUUCGAUGGGACGCCGGCGGAGAAUGACCUCAGGGUUAAGGGGCGGGGCUGACGUCACGAGCGAAGAUGGCGGCGGUGGUCGGCGUCUCCUUGAGGCGCUGGUUUCCAGCUACGACCCUUGGCGGAGCGUGCCUCCAGGCCUGCCGAGGGGCCCAGACAGCUGCAGCCACAGCUCCUCGCAUCAAGAAAUUUGCCAUUUACCGAUGGGACCCAGACAAGCCUGGAGAUAAACCUCAUAUGCAGACUUUUGAAGUUAAUCUGAAUAACUGUGGUCCCAUGGUGUUGGAUGCUUUAAUCAAAAUUAAGAAUGAAAUUGAUUCGACCUUGACCUUCCGAAGAUCAUGCAGAGAAGGUAUCUGUGGCUCUUGUGCGAUGAACAUCAAUGGAGACAACACUCUAGCAUGCACCCGGAGGAUCGACACAAACCUCAACAAAGUCUCUAAGAUCUACCCUCUUCCACACAUGUAUGUGAUGAAGGACCUCGUUCCCGAUAUGAGCAACUUCUAUGCACAGUACAAGUCCAUCGAGCCCUAUCUGAAGAAGAGGGACGAAUCCCAGGAAGGCAAGCAGCAGUAUCUGCAGUCCAUAGAAGAACGGGAUAAACUGGACGGGCUGUAUGAGUGCAUCCUCUGUGCCUGCUGCAGCACCAGCUGCCCCAGCUACUGGUGGAAUGGGGACAAGUACCUGGGCCCUGCAGUCCUUAUGCAGGCCUACCGCUGGAUGAUCGACUCUAGAGAUGAGUUCACAGAGGAACGCCUGGCCAAGCUGCAGGACCCCUUCUCUCUGUACCGCUGCCACACCAUCAUGAACUGCACACUGACCUGUCCCAAGGGUCUGAAUCCAGGGAAAGCUAUUGCAGAAAUCAAGAAAAUGAUGGCAGCCUAUAAGGAGAAGAGAGCCUCAAUGUAACUCUCCAGCUGAACACAGCGCACAACCAGCUCAGAGCUGGACUAACUUGAAUUCUUUCAGAGGUCCUGAUUGCCCAUGAAUACAGUAUGUGUAACAAAAACGCUAAAUAAACAAAUGGAAUUCUACUUUAUUAACAAA